AUGUAUACGCAGGUUAUAUACUGGAACGCCACAAAUCCAUUUCCUACUUGGGUUCAAGAGAUAGUGCAUGGACCUUUACACAAGGUCAAAACUUGGCCAAUAUACUUUACAAGAGGCUAUGUGUUUCAUACGCAGAAUCACGGCGCUGGACGGAAGACAUGUAACUAUGGUGUAUGUGUUAAAGGUGAAAAUUACACUGAUGCAUCUGAUGGUGCAGAUUUCUAUGGGAACUUAACUGAUAUCAUAGAACUUGAGUACGAAGGGAUGACCAAUUUGAGAAUCACACUUUUUAAGUGUAAGUGGUAUGAUCCUGUCAUUGGUAGAGGGACUCGGAAGAGCAAUAGUGGCGUUGUUGACGUGAACUCUUCGAGAAAAUACAACAAAUAUGAGCCAUUCAUUUUAGCGGAUCAAGUUUGCUAUAUUCCGUAUCCAUACACAAAGAAACCAAAGCGAGAGUGGCUAAGUGUUCUGAAAGUAAAUCCGAGGGGAAACAUUUCAGGAGAAUAUGAAAACAAUGAACCGACUCUGUUGCAAACAGAAAAUGAUGAUGCUGUAUUGAUGACUACAGUUGAAGAUCUCAUAGUCGACAAUUUGGUAGCAGAUGCUAAUCCAAUAAACCUUGAUUACGAUGUUGGAGAUGCGGAUCCAGAAGAUGAAUUCCAGUACUACAGUGAACCCGACUCCUUCUCAAGAAGUCCACUACAAUCCGUCGCAUCCUCCGCCUGCUCUAGUUGA